CGCAAGCCCGCCACACCAGCCCAUCACCUCUUGGCCCAGGCGGCGCCCCUACAUAUACCGACCCCCCAGACGGCUAGGGUUUCUCCCUCCAUCCCAGCAGCCGCGCUCCGCCUCCCGUUCCCCUGCACGCCGCGGCGCCGCCGUCUCCGUCCCCGCCCUCCGCCCCCGGCGCCCGUCACCAUGAUCAUCUCCAAGAAGAACCGCCGCGAGAUCUGCAAGUACCUCUUCCAGGAGGGAGUCUUGUACGCCAAGAAGGACUACAACCUGGCCAAGCACCCCCAGGUCGAUGCCUCGAACCUCGAGGUCAUCAAGCUCAUGCAGAGCUUCAAGUCCAAGGAGUACGUCAGGGAGACCUUCUCGUGGCAGCACUACUACUGGUACCUGACCAACGACGGCAUUGAGUUCCUCCGCACCUUCCUCAACCUGCCGUCUGAGAUCGUGCCCAACACCCUCAAGAAGUCCGCCAAGCCCCCGUCCCGCCCCUUCGGCUCUGGCCCACCGGGUGACCGCCCCAGGUGAGCUAGCUAUGUUCAUCAUUCUGCCUCU